AUGGAAUCUGAGGAAGGCGGUGACGGUGUGAAUUAUAGUGAGAAUUUUGUCACCGAUACGUUUUUCCCUACAUUUGACGAUGCUGUUACAUGGGCUGAUGGUUUUUCCAUAAAAUUGGGAUUUAUAUUGGUGAAAUCGUCUUAUACCAAAAACCAGAGAUGGUCGGACGUAUCGGUAUUUGCGAUCACCGAAAGUUGGAAGAUCAUUGCGAAAAAUGAUCACACCGGGACACAUAACCACCCAAUGAUUGUGUACCCAGAGGGUCACCGUAAAGUGAGCGGAUUGAGUCCGGGUGCAAAACAGGUUGUGCGGGACAUGACAAAGUCCAAGGUUGCUCCCCGUAACAUCAUGUCCACUAUUGCCGAGCAAUUUCCUGAUGAUCAUCCAAACAUCCGACACAUUUACAAUUGCCGAAAUGACUUCAGGAUGGAAAUGUCCGAAGGAAGAGGAGUUGUUCAGCAAUUUCUUCAUCUGGCGAGAGAGAGUAAAUACAUUUACUGGUUCACGAACGAUGAUCACAACGUUUUGCAACAUGCAUUUAUGGUGCACCCGAUCAUGGUCAACAUACUCCGCACAUACCCACAUGUCAUAGGUAUGGAUUCUACUUACAAGACCAAUCGAUAUAACAUGCCUUUCUUAGUAGGCGUGACACCGACAAACCAGAAUUUUCUAGUUGGAUAUGUUUUCAUGCGCGACGAGUGCACGGCUAGCUAUCGGUGGGUGUUGCAGAGAUUAAGGGAGUUGAUUGGGAUUGAUAAAGAGCCAUCUGUAUUUAUUUCAGACCGUGAUCUUGGGCUAUGUGCGGCUUUGAGAGAAGUCUUUCCAGGGACGUCACAUUUACUCUGUCUAUGGCACAUCAACAGAGAUGUGGAGGCUAAGGUGACGAAGAUGUUUGCAAACAAGACGGUUGGUGUCAGUUUUAGAGCUGGGAGAUGGUUCAAAAUCGUGAAUGCAACAACACAGGCGGAGUAUGAUCGUGCUCUAACUGCCAUGCAAGUGAGGUGGGGAAAAUAUCCGGAAGUGAUUCAGUAUGUUCAGAGAACUUGGCUUUGUCAUAAGGAGAAAUUUGUGAAAUUUUGGACGAACCAGGUUCUUCAUUUUGGUAACACCACCAACUGCAGAGUUGAGAGUCAACAUUCAGUAGUGAAAACUUGGUUAGAAUCAUCCACAGGUGCUUUGGAUACCGUAUGGGCCCGAGUCCAUUGUCAUAUCGAUAAUCGCAUCAUACAAAUUCGUAAUGACUUGGAGGCAUCAAGGUCUAAAAUUGGUCAGAUGUACAGACAGUUGCCACUGUCACGUAUAAAUGGCAAAGUGUCUCAACAUUGCUUGAAAGUUCUGGAUAACGAGACGAAAAGGAUGCGGGAUUUGAGUUACCAGGUCCAUGAACGGUGUGGAUGUGCUAUGCGUCUGACCCAUGGUCUUCCAUGUGCUUGCCAGAUACAUGAUUCGAUAGUUGCACAGACAGGAUUGUAUAGCAGCCAAAUUCAUUCUUUCUGGAAGAUACUGGUUAUUGGUGAUGGUGUUAACAUUCCUGAAGUGGUAAAUGAUUCGACCGAGGAGGCUGCACAUUUUCGGUCCCUAAUCGACGAAGUCAUGGAAAGUGACCCGGCCGUACGCCGAAAUGUAACGCGAAUCAUUGAAGAGGAGCUACAUCCAGAUCAUUCACACCUUGAAGAACCACAUAUCAACCUUAACACUCGUGGUCGACCGAAAAGAAAUAACACCAAGCGUGAUCGUAGCUAUUUCGAGCAUGCGAAUCGUCAACACACUCAACGUGAUGGUGACCCAAAACCAGGUAAUACUAAAAUUCUAUAUUUAAUAUAAAAAUAUGUAAACUUAAUACUUAUAGCUUUACUAAUAAUUUAUCUUUUAAUUUUGUGUUGUAGAUCCGGAAAUUCCAGGCGGAUCCUCCAUGGAACUUCCGGAAAUUUUGGGCGGAAGUUCCAAAAGAUCCGAAAUUAAAAAAAUAAAAAAUACCUC